AUGAGCUUCUAUUGGAGCCGGGCUUCUAUUAGAACAUUUCCGUUCCGAAAAUGUUUAAUGUCAAAAAAUAAAAUAUUUGAUAUGAUGUCUUGGGAUAAAGAAACACUUGCUAGAGUUGUUAAAGGAUUUUAUGUUAGAAUUGGUGCAAGACGUCCUGAAAAGUCAUCGGAACAACAAUUUUAUGUUGAUCAGAUAACCGGUGUUAGUUGGGGAGGUACUCCAUACAGGUUUGUUUUUUGGUUUUGGGUUAGAUUUUUUUCACAACAUAACAUGAAAUUCUUAUUAAAUGGUUCUAAAAAAUAUUUAACAUAA